UUUCUCUUGCUUUUUGUUUACAUUUACAAAAGGUCAUUUCUGAACGCACUUCAAGUAAAAGUGAUCAUUUAAAUUCGUGAUUUUCACCAACAAAAGCAUAUUUUCAACAUGGCAUCAGAUUUAAAUCAAGUAAAAGUCGGUCAGCAAGUUGUUCUAACCAUCGGAGACAAUGGAAGACUUGAAGGUGAUUAUUUCGGUAGAGUUUGCGUCAUCAACAAGGAAAAGACUCGUAUUCACUUGAAAGACAUUGAAUAUGGCCCAGCCCAGCAAAAGCUGUCUGGAACCAAACUGUUUUUCUUGCCGGAGAUAUUAGCGGUAAAAAUUAUUUCCGAUGUUGAGGACGACGACAGCGGAAAUGAACGAACCGAAGCUACGUCAGAAGAUCGGAUAAAAUUCGAAUUGAAUGUCAGACAGAAGGAAAAAAUCCAGAGUCUGAUUAGAAACCGUUGUAUGAUAGAAACUGUUGGCGACGAAUACGACAAAGCGCUGGAGGACAUUUCCCAUUAUUAUUUUGUGGGAUUAACAGCUCAAGUUGGAGAUGGUGAAUCCGGAUACGUCAUUUGCAGCACUCCACACAAAAUUUAUGGCUUUAAUAUCACAACAAUUGGAGGUAUAAAUGGCAAAUUCAAGGAAUGGUUCGAGUCAGACACAUACACGAAGGUUGUACGCAGCGCGAACACCUUGGAAGAAAAUCUGUUUUACUGCCAUGAAAUCAAUGUUAGAGGCGUAUUUGACACGAAUGCUGUGCAUAGAAUGCUCGAAUCGCGCGUCGAACUACCGUUAGAGUUGGUAGAAGAAAUGGACUGUAGUAACGGUCGUUGUCGUGUGGACACACUGAUCGAACGUACUUCAAUUCUUCUUAAGCUCCAUGAUUUCUUAACGGAGCACCUGUUAACGAAUGCAUACCAAUUGUUUCAACUGAAUAUGGAUUAUUUCCGGAGUAUGGCCUCAAUUGAUUUGCAACUGUAUUACCGUCGUGGAAAAUCAAUUGUAAAUGGUCAACAUGCAGGCAAUGUUCAAUUAAAUGAUCACAAACUUCUACACGAAGAGCCAAUUUUAUUCAAAAUACCUUUAGAUUGUGGGUUUUGAUGUGACCAAACCAAACAACAAAUUAUAGACCCAAAAUUAUGAAAUAUUGUGAAAAAUAUGUCGUGUCGUCCAUCGAAAACAAAAGAAAUUUUUUUGAGCUGGGAUGGUCAACAUCCGAUAAUACGAAAUCGUCGUUAUGUUUUUCGUUAAUCCCCACAGUAAGUGAGUGCGUUUCCUUCCGGGCAUUAAAAUCUGCGGAAAUCCCUGCAGUCCGAGAACCACCGGGUUCUUCAAGACCAGACGGAAAAAAACCUGACGGAAUGGCGUUAAUUCCUUGGGCAAGAGGCAAAUCAGCGCUGUGUGAUUUCACAUGUCGUGACACUUUCGCACAAUCGUAUUUGAACAAAACGUCACAACAAGCGGGCCAUGCAACGAAUCAAGCAGAAACAAAGAAAAUUGACCACUACAGUGACCUAGCAGAUCGUUUUAUUUUUAUUACUGUCGCCACUGAAACGUCUGGAGUGUUUGGUGAUACUGGUUUGAGAUUCAUUAAACAAAUUGGCAGCAAAAUUGCAGAGGUCACAAAUGAAAAAUGUUCGACGUCAUAUCUUAUACAACGUUUAAGUGUAGCCAUCCAAAAAGGUAAUGCGGCGUCAAUCAUGGGAACAAUACCUCCAUCCAAGAAUUUGAAGGAAAUAUUUUAUUUAUAAAAACAAUGAUGUAAAUCAGAAUAAUAAAUUUGA